CGACUGACUGUGUUUACAUUAUCUGAAGUAUCUACACUUGGUUACCGUUCUGAAGAAUUGGUUACUAUGCUUCAUAUUCAAUCAAUAUGUAUAUUUGUUAUGGUGGCAAUGUUUGUACAUUGCACCAACACAGCAGCUUCUUCGGAACCACCCGAAGAAACGGAAAGUCCUGGUACUAUUGAGUCUGAUAUAAAGUUAACCGAUGAGCAACUAGCUGAAAUUGAAGCAAUAAUAGCCGAUGAAGAAAGUGGGGUUGGUGCAAGAAAAGCUAUAACUAGCCUUUCAAAGCGUUGGAAUAAUGCUAUUGUGCCAUAUGUGAUAUCAUCAACAAGUAAGUAUAUGUCUGUUUGA